AUGUACGAGGACAAGGAAGGCGUGGUGGCGCACGAAGGUCCCAACCCCAAGGUCUUCAUGGACGUGACGAUCGGCGAGGAAAAGGCCGGGAGAAUCUCGAUGGAACUCUUCGCGGAUACGGUCCCGAAAACCGCCGAAAAUUUCAGAGCCUUGUGCACAGGCGAGAAAGGACAGAGCCAGACCACGGGCGCGCUCCUCUCCUUCAAGGGCUCGGCUUUCCACCGGGUCAUCAAGGUGCGUCUCCUCGUCUCACCUUGA